AUGGCGGCCAGAAAUCAAGGGUUCAAAACUCUUGCGACGACUAAGUAUAAGGGAGUUCAAGUCGAUAUUCUCGAAGGUCACAUCCAUGACUUCAAUGGCACAUUUAUCUCAUUUCCAAUACCCACAAACAACACAAUAUUCAACAGUCGCUUCUCUGCCAAGGAUCUAAGAGCAAGACUUCAUAAGUUCACUGUUGCGCAGAGGGUUUUUGAGGCUGCCGGUGACACCAAUGGCGCAGGCGAGCUGAGCAAAGAAAUCAAGAAAGGCGCAACUGGCGCACUAGCGGAUCGUGAAGGGACUUUGAAAGUGACGAGCGCUUGUGGCCUGGAGCCUGGUGUUAAGAAGAUCAUUCAUGUGUACCAUCCGAGUUUUCUUGACGAUGAGAAUCCGGAUUAUAUGCCAUCGCGUUUGGAGUUGUUGUGGGAUACUUAUUCUGCGAUCUUUGAUACUGCGUACGCUAAAGAGAAUUAUGUACCUGGGAUGAAGAUUGCUAUCUCUCCUUUAUGUACAGAAUUGCCGGACUGGAGAUCUCCACAGCCACACGGAACAAAAAAUGCUUUGAAAGCCAUCGCUGGCUUCAUCCGCCAUCUUAUCGGCAAAAUUCAGAUACAAAACUUGGAGAUAGAGCCACCAGAGCAGAUCGCAAUAGUUAUUCCACCUCCAGAGGGAGAGGAUGUGCGCCAGGAUAAGCGAGAUGAAGAAUUUCGACAACAGCUUGUGCAAAACUUUGUUACAGAGCUACCAACACAGCUUGUGUAUUCCUUAGCACCUCCUAAUGAGAAUGCGGCAUACCUACUACCUGCCUUCCUUGUCGCCCCUUCAACGUCAAAUGCCAUACGGGGUGAGAAGACCGAGCCAAUAUCGGCUGCAAAAUCUGCUGCUGCGACUCCUACUGGUGGGCCUUCAACUAGAAGCCCAUUGCAUAUCAAGGCUAAAACUAGGAGAUGUAUUAGCCCAAUUGUGAGCAUUCCUCCUCAGUCUCCUCUCAAGCCGCUUAGCGAGUGCAACGCCUCCGAAGAAAACAAUGACGACAACGCAGACGAUCAGCCGGGUGACAACAACGAUGAUGAAGAUGAAGAAGACAGUGAUUGUAAUUCGGAUCCAGAUGAGGAAGAACAAGACCAAUUCGUGGACGCGACCCCGUUACCUGAAUCCAUUAUCAGAAGGAUAUACAAAAGAGUGUUGAUCCAGCUUUGCGCUGGCGACAUUGCCCAUUUCCCCUCUUUGAACCCGAAAGGUCCACCAUAUGCACGAAUCGUUGUUACUGACGCAGCCAUUGAGAUGGAUGGUAAUGGAGGGCUAGACGAUGAAGCGAUCCAUGCUGCUGCUGGUCCAAUGCUAAAAGUCGCCUUAACAGAUCUAAAGGAUAGGGAGGACUAUGUCAACAAACGAGCAAGUGUAUGGACAACCGGGUCCUAUAACUUAGGACUGAUUGGAGUUCGCCGGAUCAUCCAUGCCAUUGGACCUCUUUAUCAUCCCAGGGCAUCAGAAGAGUCAAAUGCCAGGAAACGUAUUGACCUUGGCGAGACUUAUUAUAAUGCUCUUUGCAAAGCAGUCAGUGCUGAGAAUAACAGAGCGAACAUGAUGAUUGCUUUCUCGCUACUCUCGACGAAUAAGAACAAUUUUCCGUAUGAUGAAGCGAUGCGUAUUGCUGUAGAGACAAUAUUGAGAUUCCUGAAUGACGGUGAGAUUGGUGGGAUCAAUCACAUUGUGUUUGUUGUGCCACGCCGGGACGAUGAUAGAGUGAAGACGUUCAUAGAUGCCAUAAAAAAGGUGCUUGGUGGGGAAGAAGAUAGUGGGAGGGCUGGAGAGCGAAGCGAUGCACCAGACUCAGAUCCAGACUCAGAUGAUGAGGACAGCAACGGUGGUGAAGGUCCAUCAAACGCAAAUACUAGAACUACCACCAGCAAGAAAACUAGCGCUCAAAACACGAAGCGAAACACAAUCAAGAGAGAAGCCAAUGAUAAAAGAAAGCCCAAGAGAAUCACAAAGAAAGAGGCCAAAGACACAGCAGCUGAUGCCGCAAGAACGAGUGCUGCCAAAGCUCAACGUAUUCGAACACUUUUAAGAGAGGCUUUCAGACACAGAGUAGUAGAGACACCUGCCCAGAUUGCAGAAAGACAGAAAAUUGAAGCUGAAGAGUCAAAGAGGAUGAAAGAGCAGGUCAAGAAAAAUCUAGAUGACCUGUACAAAAGAAUAGCCGAGGAGAAGAAGAGGGAGAGAGAGGAGAAGCAUGCAAUGAGAGCUGCAUAUGAAAGGGUACAAGAGAAGGCUGAAGGGAAACCAAUGGCGAUUAUGGCGACAAGGCAGUCUAGCAAUGGCUCCGAGUAUUCUGAGGAUGCAUCAUUGACUCGGCAAAUUCGACAGACACGCCAGGGGUCAGCAGGCAGGCUAGCAAAGCAAGCCCAAGGUGAAGAGGGCGUAGCUCCUAAGAAGACCCCUGCCAAACCAUAUCAAGCUAAGAGAGCAUCAACUCCAUACCCAGAACCGCCAAAGCAAAGACCUGCUGCAAAGCGAUUAUCGACUCAGAUAUUCCAUAACAAGAAGGCGGCGGAAGGUGCUGAUGGUGAUUCAGAUGCUUCUGUGAAGGAUCUCUUUCUUGUGCCAGAACAGAGUAUUGACGCUGGAAUCCGGACUCGUUCGAGUACUAGGCUGAAGAGAAGUAGAGCGGAUAUAGAAGAGAAUCUGGCUGGAAGUACCCAGGGGAAGAGGUUGAAGAAGAAGUGA